AAUUUCUCUGCCUCCUAACCCCACACUACACGCGCGCACUCUCUCUCUCUCUCUCUCUCUCUCUCUCUCUCUCUACUUUUUACCCUAAAAAGAGGCGUUAGUUUCUUCAUAAGCCCCUCUCUUGCAGCAGUCUUUUCGGCCAAACUUCGAAAGAGAGGGGAUAGGGGAUAGAUAGAUAGAUAUAGAGAGAGAGAGACAAUCUCACACAACGCAUAUAUAUAGAGAGAGAAACAAAAGACGACUUGGGGUCUAUAGUGAUUUUGUUCUUACUUAUCAGAUUCUCAUUUGUUCUUUUCAAUCAUCAUUUCAUAAGAGAUCUCUCUUCCCCGCAACCCGUUCUGUCUAAAAGAUUCAAUCUUAAAUCUGAACACUGCGUUUUUCGUUCUGGGGUCCCCUUUUUUUUUUGUCCCAAAAAUAAUAAACUGUUAAUUUUUUUUUCCACAAAUGGCACCCAGUUUUGAUUGCGUUUCGAGCCUUCUCUGUGCCGAAGACAACAGUAUUUUUGACGAAAACGAUUAUGGGGGUUCGGUGGAGGUUUUGGAGGACGCGUGGCAGGAUCCUAGAUAUCGUCGAAACCUUAGUCAAAGUGAGAACUUGGAUGUCCCAAAUGGGUUUUUUCCAUUGCAGAGUGAUGAGUGUUUGAGACUGAUGGUGGAGAAGGAAUGGGAUCACUUGCCUAAUGGUGAUUAUGUGAAUAGGCUGAGGAGUGGGGAUUUGGAUUUUGGGGCCAGAAAAGAGGCCAUUGAUUGGAUUGAAAAGGUUCAACAGCACUUUGGUUUUGGACCCCUCUGUGCAUAUCUAUCCAUAAACUACUUGGACCGUUUCCUUUCUGCAUAUGAAUUACCAAAGCACAGAGCUUGGACAAUGCAAUUGUUGGCUGUGGGGUGCUUAUCUCUGGCAGCCAAAAUGGAAGAGACUGAUGUCCCGUUCUCUCUUGAUUUGCAGGUGGGUGAAUCUAAGUAUAUAUUUGAGGCUAAAACAAUACAGAGAAUGGAGCUUCUGGUGCUGAGCACAUUGAGAUGGAGAAUGCAGGCAAUUACCCCAUUUUCCUUCAUUGACCAUUUCCUUUACAAGAUCAAUGAUGAUCAAAGUCCAAUUGGAGCUUCAAUUUUGCAAUCCAUCCAGCUUAUACUGAGCACUGUAAGAGGAAUUGACUUCUUAGAAUUCAGACCCUCAGAGAUUGCAGCAGCAGUGGCAAUAUCUGUGGUGGGGGAGGGCCAAACAGUGCACACUGAGAAAGCAAUUUCUGUUCUGAUUCAGCUUGUGGAAAAGGAGAGGGUCUUGAAGUGUGUUAAAAUGAUCCAAGAGCUGGCAUCAAAUAGUGGUGGUUCUGCCAAGGGUGCUAGUGCUUCUGUUUCUGUCCCUAGCGUGCCCGAAAGCCCACUAGGGGUGUUGGUCACUGCAUGCUUCAGCUACAAAAGUGAUGACACAAAUGCUGCUUCAUAUGCAAAUUCUUCACAUAACAUUAGUCCAGAUGCUAAAAGGAGGAAGCUAAACAAAACCUUUGGAUAAUAGUCAUUGUGGCCUGUGAUUUUCAACGUCAUUCCUAGGAUGCCUUUACUUAAAAAAAUAAGAUGUUAUGUGCUUUGAAGGUGCCCCCUCAAGGGAAUACCCAAUGAAGGAAGUAGGAAUGUAGAUAGGGAAAGUGAAAAAAUAAAAAACCAUGCAUAAAAGGGUGCCAAAAAGAUAAAGGUGGAUCGUGACUAGUGGGAGAUUUUUAAGGGAUGGAAUCAACAAAUUUCAUGCUCCAAGCCGGAUGUGACCACUCAACACCAGCUGUUAAAUAUUUUAUAGGUCUUUUUAACAGCUAUAAAAGAGGUAGUGAAAGAGGAGGGAAUAAGAAAGAAGGACUAGUGUAUUUGUAUGUGUAAGUACAUUUUGUCUUUUUACUUUUAAAUGAGGGAGUUAAAUAGAAACCCAUAAGGCAGAAAACAAAAAAAAAAAAAGAAAAACAAAAUAAGAUGCAGAGCUACUAGUAUUGAGAAAUAUUUGCGGCAUUUAUUAAUUUUUUUUGUCA